UCAAGACAAUUAUACCGUUUCACACUGUCAUUUCAUUAAUAUUUUACACAGGAUUAUUUAUAGCCGAUAGAGGAUGGAAGAUGAAAAUAACCAUUAUUCUCCGAAGUAUCGAAGAACACACCAAGGUACAAUGCCCCUUAGUCCUCUUGGUGCAACUUCAAGACCCCCUUUACCACAGAAUUAUCUAAACCACACAGAAAAUAAUUCUGACCAGACAGACUCUGAAUCAUACACACAGAUUCAACAACGUAAACGGAAUAUGAGUGGACCAGGAAGCGGAAGCAGUACUCGGUCAUUUAUUAUACUUGGGCUUAUUUUUUUAACUUCUGUUAUGGCUCUAGGGCUUGUUUAUUUAAACUUUCCGAGAUUAGAUGAGUCAGAAAAAGAAAAAAUUAAACUUCCCCGAGACAUAGAAGAUGCAAAGAAUCUAGGACAAGUUUUAUCCCGUUAUAAAGACCAGUAUUUUUAUCAAGUGCUGUUUGGAUAUUUUUUGAUAUAUAUUUUUUUACAAUCAUUUGCUAUACCUGGUUCGAUAUUUUUAAGUAUUAUUUGUGGUUUUUUAUAUCCAUUUCCUCUAGCUUUAUUCCUUGUUUGUCUGUGUUCAGCAAUGGGGGCCUCGUUUUGUUAUUUAUUGUCAUAUUUAGUUGGUAGAAGACUUGUAAAUAAAUAUAUACCAGAAAGAGUAACACAGUGGCAAUCACAUGUUGAACGUCAUAAAGAUCAUUUAUUAAAUUAUAUUAUAUUUUUACGUAUUACCCCAUUCUUACCUAACUGGUUUAUAAAUAUAACAUCACCUGUAUUAAAUGUUCCUUUAACACCAUUUUUUCUUGGAACAUUUUUAGGUGUAGCCCCACCAUCAUUUGUAGCAAUACAAGCUGGAACCACAUUACAUACAUUAACCUCAUCAGGUGAUGCUUUAACAUGGUCAUCUAUUAUAAUACUAGGUUUACUGGCGGUAUUAGCACUUCUACCAGUAUUACUUAAAAAUACAUUAAAACGACGGUUUGAUUGACAAACAAAUCUAAUUAAAUUUACUAGGUCUAGUUCUUCUGUAGUGAAAAUCUAAUUUUACUGUUAGAAACCUGAUAACUGAAUUAAAAGCCAAACUAUAUUGGAUCUGAGUAUUUUUAAGCAUAUUUAUUUUCAAAUUCUAUUAUUAAGAGGUGCAGUGAUUCUCAGUUUUGCAAUUUUUGGCUAUAAUUCUCUUCGUACGUAAAAUGUAAUGGUGUUAGAGCUUUUUUAAAAAGUAGAGAAGAAGUAAUAAUUUCAAAAUAAUAGCAUUUUGAUGGAAUUUACUGGUAAUUAAAUUAUAUGUAGAUAUAAAAUCGUUAUAUAUUUUUAUUGUUGUCGCCCCUGUCAGUCCGUCGGUUUAUCUACCCAUUCACAUUUCUGAGAAACACUCUACAUGUUUUGAGCCGAUCAACUAACUCAAUAUAGGUGAUAGGUUUUCAAACAACUUAAACCCAUCAGUCUUCAUCUGGAAAUGGAGACCAGUGUCCCAAGCUGUAUUAUACGGUAUCUGGAUAAAACCAGACUUUUAUAAAAAUAUCAUGUAGGUGAAAUUUACCUUUUGUUACCAAGUACAGCACAUCGAUCAAGGCAAUAAAUUACCAGAUCACCCAACGAAAAAAUUGACCCAAAAUCUUAAAAAGGUUAUGUGUCCGGAUAAGCGGUUUUGACAUUCAUAUCCAAACAACUCAAUAUUUUGAGCCCAAAUUUUGAGACAAAGUAAAUACACCACUCCUCUAUAUUUUGGCGCUUAAAUUUCAUACAUACACAGACUUUUAUUUCUGAGACUCUAUCCAAAUCGGGAUGGUCCCUUUAAGGAAAGUUCUAAAUGCCAAAAGUUUUUGAGCUUAUUUUUAAUCCCUCUUUCACAAGCUACUGGUGGGUGUAUAUUGUUUGUGGGAAGCAUUGCACCUCUCUUUGUCAUUGUUUACAUGUCCGUAUGAGAGUGAGUUUAAUUUUGGUGGUCAGGCUUAUAUUAUGUCAUGUGAUUGGUCUUCUCUUCCAUCUAUACUCAAACUCUAAAUGAAGAGGCUGAUGCAGGAUAUUUGGUAGGUCGGGGUUGUGUGGAGAGGUAUCUCUCCUUUGACAAGUUGUGAUUUGAGUAUAACAUCAGCUACAUCACCCCAACCAUCAAAAAGUUCAAUUUUACAUGUUCCAUAGAAAUAGAAUAAUAAAUGAAUUUUUGAUACUCUUAUUUAGGGGAGCCCAAGGCCCUCUAGGCUCCACAUCUGGAUCCACCUGCCACUGUCUAAAUGUUUUUAGGAUCAAUAAGAAAACCAUUAAAUAUGAUUUUUAGUCAUUAGUUGACUUGGGAUUUUGUUUCUUCAUUUGCGAUGAAUGAUUGUUUUCGUUUGUUUAACAAGAUCUUUCUUCAUUCCAUUGUCAUAAAGAUACUAAUCAUUUAGAACAAAUUAAGGAACAACUGUACAUAAUUAUUCUCCACAUUUAGACAUUCCCCUGUUAUCUGUGGAAUUGUAUAUGCAAGGUAAUUGUUUUUUUACUUAUUUAAGGAUCAAUGAAUUAUUAUUUAUUUUGUGAUUUAUGUAAAUUUAAUGUUUGUUUUUAUAUAACUGUCUUUUGAAAUUUAAUAUUCUUGUAAAUGUCUUCAUUUUCUGCAAUUAGAUCAUCUUCUUUAAAUGAGAAUUUGUAAUGUAUAAAUUAAGGUCUAUGAUAUGGUCUUUCUUAUAUUAAGGGAGGGAACUCUUUUCAAAACUGGUAUAAUAUGCAUUUAUUUCCGUUUUAUACACCUACAAUGAAAUGUGGUUGUAUAUUGUUCUUAUAUUAAGGGAGAGAACUCUUUUCAAAACUGGUAUAAUAUGCAUUUAUUUCCGUUUUAUACACCUACAAUGAAAUGUGGUUGUAUAUUGUUGUGCCCCCCACCCCUGCCCACUAGGUGUCUGUCGGGCGCCUGGUGUUAACAAUUGCUUGUGGAUUUAUACACAGUGUCUGAGGUCAUAGGACGAAGGAUCCUAGUCAUUUUCAAUGAUUUCCGAUAAUUACUGUAGAAGUUCUAGAAGCUAAAAUUUAUAUCUGAUUGACUUUUAAUUUAUACAAUUUAUUUCAUGAGACAUAGGAUCUUAGUAAUUUUCAAAAAUUUUCGAUAAUUACUGCCAGAGUUAUAGUCCUUGAUCACUUUGAAAUAUUUUGUGGACGCUCUAGAGGCUAAAGUUGAUAUCCGAUUGACUUUAAAUUUAUAUGCAGUGUUGAAGGUCAUAAGAUGAAGAAUCCUAUUUAUUUUAAACAAUUUCUGAUAAUUACAGCCAGAGUUAUUGCCCUUCAUCACUUUGAAAAAUCAUGUUGAUGCACUAGAGACUAAAGUUAAUAUAAAUUGUUUAAGGUCAUGAAACAAAGAAUCCAAACUAAAUCUAAUGAUUCUGAUAAUUACUUAUUGGGUUAUUACUCGUAGUAAGAUUUUCAUAUGUUGUAAACAUUCUCCUUAUUCACAAAAGAAAAAACUAUGAGACAACCCUUGUUGACUGCCUGGACGACUUAGCUGCUGUGGGAAUAUGAUGUUUAGUUGCCUGGCAACCUAUCUUCAAUAAAACUGUAAAUAUAUAUUUAUGUCUCCUUAAUCUUAUUUAUGUAUUGAUAAAUGAAUGAUGUCCAUUUGAAUACUGAAAUGAAGUGAAAUGAGGUUUAACAUCCUACUGUUAUUUGACUUCUGACAAAAUCAAAGGUAGUGUAAAUAUUAAAUGAAUAAGUUAAUUAUUAAUAUAUUAAAGAUACAUUAUGGGAGAUUUUUAUAGAGAGUUGGCCAUUCUUGCUAUAACAGUUCAAAAGUAGAUGAUGAAAGAAGAAUAUAUUGAAAAUUUCAGUCAAAUUACUUUAUUCUGAACAUAGUUAUCAUCGUUGUAAUAUUUGACUAGAAAUGGUAGCGAAAUGCGUCUUCACCUUGACCGAUCGUUUGAUUGACAGGCGUUAACUCCACCUACAUAUCUCGAUCAUCAAGUAAAGCUUUCAAUGGCAUACGGAACAAUUUACAGCGGCCUCGCUAAGUACACUCUAUGAUUUAGCCUCGAUCUAACUGACGUAUUUUCAUCAGGUUACGCCUUAUUUGAUUUAAUCAAUUAGUGAAAUCCUAUUUAAAUCUGAGCUGUAGCCGAGCCAUCCGUGGGUCUACAGAGUUGAUUUUGGGCUUGUUGUUUAAAUAAAGAUCUAAUUUAUAAUUUCUAUAAUAUCUGAAGCCUAAAUUAAGACUUGCGAUAAUCAGAUUUAGCUGUUGCAUAAUGUAUGUUUAAAAUGAGUUUCGUCGAGCCCUACAUCUUUAGUAUGCUUUGUAAAAUCCUGUAGAAUUGGGAUAAAUGCCCCUGCUUUGGAUUUUUAUACGCCCACAUUUUCAUGUGGACGUAUUAUGCCGUCGCCCCUGUCCGUCCGGACGUCCGGAGGUCCGUCCGUCCGUCCACAAUUUGUUUGUGGACACUCUACAGGUCACAAUUCUUAUCCGAUUUUGACGAAACUUGAAAUAUAGGUUUAUCUCCAAAAGAUCUCGGUUCCUUUCGAUAUUGGCAUGUAUCUAAUCGAAACUUCAUGGCCCCUGUUUGUACGAAAAAUCACGUUUUUAGCUUGUGGACACUAUAGAGGUCACAAUUUUUAUCCGAUUUUGUUGAAACUUGAAAUCUAAGUUGAUAAUCUAAAGAUCUCGGUUCCUUUCGAUAUUCGCGCAUAUCGGACCGUAACUUCCUGAAUUAUGGCCCCUGAUUGUACCAAAAAUCGUGUUUUUAGCUUGUGGACCCUAUAGAGGUCAUAAUUUUUAUCCGAUUUAAAAAAAACGUUCAAGUAUAUCACCGUUACACCCUAAGGAUGACUGAAUCCGAAUUUCGUGAAAAUCGGCCCGAAAUUGACAGACAAAAUGGCCGCCGUUCGUUCUCAAAUAGCGUAAAAAUAUGGUAUAUCAAUGUUGUGGACACUAUAGAGGUCGCAAUUUUUAUCCAAUUUUGUUAAAACUUGAAAUCUAAGUUGAUAAUCCAAAGAUCUCGGUUCCUUUCGAUAUUCGUGCACAUCGGACCUUAACUUCUUGAAUUAUGGCCCCUGAUUGUACCAAAAAUCGUGUUUUUAGCUUGUGGACCCUAUAGAGGUCAUAAUUUUUAUCCGAUUUUAAAAAAAACGUUCAAUUAUAUCACCGUUACACCCUAAGGAUGGCUGAGUUUGAAUUUCGUGAAAAUCGGCCCGAAAUUGACAGACAAAAUGGCCGCCGUUCGUUCUCAAAUAGCGUAAAAAUAUGGUAUAUCAAGGUUGUGGACACUAUAGAGGUCACAAUUUUUAUCCGAUUUUGUUGAAACUUGAAACGUAAGUUUAUAACCCAAAGAUCUCGGUUCCUUUCGAUAUUCACGCAUAUCGAAUUGUAAUUUCCUGAAUUAUGGCCCUUGAUUGUAGGAAAAAUCACUUUCUUGUUAGCUUGUUCUCUAUCCAUCUCUCGAAAAUGUGGGCGUAUCGUGCCUGGCAGCCGCUGGUUGAUCAUUUUUAGAGAUUUAAAAAUCCAAGAUACAUAUGUUUAAAAUAAGUAUUACUAAAGCAUCGGCCGAAUCAAUUGGCGCCGUUAUCACUCGUCGCUUCAGUCAUUUAUAUAGAGCGGUGACUCGUGUUUUCCUUUGGCGUUCGUCACUUCCGAUACGGGAAACCUGUAUUACUCAGCUAUCGUAGCAAUGAUCUCUGUGUUAAACGUAUAUUUGGAAUGUGUUUAACCAGCUCUAACACAUAUGUGAUAAUGACUGGCACCAAUAUUGUCCUUUAAGCAUUGUAACUCACUGAAAUCAUAAGAGGUAAAUUUAUUGAACCAUGCGAUUUGUAAUGGAAUGAGUGUUAAAGAUGAUUAAAUGGAUAUUAAAUGAUUAUUUUUUUUAAUUUUAAAAAAAUGUAUAUUGUUCCAUUGAUGAUGUCAUUGUUUAAUUUAUGUAUGUUUGUAUCUAAGGUUAUAGGGAAAAUAAAUUGUAAU